ACAAUGUUUUUCUCGUUUUUCUCAUCUUUUGCACGCGCGUUUGGCGUCCGUGUUCGGAGUUGUUUAGUUCAUUCGAAAUUAAUACAUUUUUUGCAUUGAAAGUUGAUGCAAAUCUGCUAAACAGGUGUAUUGCGGCGCAUCAUUCUAUUUAUUUUAAAAUGCCUAAGAGAAAGGCACAGGCAGCCGUUUACCAGCAAGAUGCCAAAGUGGUUAAAGUUGUGGCAACAGACCAGGUCAAACAGGUAGCCAACACCGACUGGGAUGUCCUCUCAUAUCGGUCCCAUUACGAGCCGGAAGAGCACUGGGAGCUUCGCCGCCGCUUCAUGGAGCUGCAUCAGAAUUGGAUCCCGGAGGAUGAACUUGUCUGUCUGGCGCAGGUAUUCGUCAAUGUUGAGCUGCUGCACUGCCGAUACCCACUCGAAACCAUGGAACGAAUCAAGGAACUGUCCGAAGGGAUCGCUGACGAGUAUCGAAACUCACGGAAGAACAAACUUCAGCGAACAUUCGUUUCGGCGUCGGAUGCCGCAGCUUCCAAAGUGCAAAGAAAAGGCCCUGGCGACCAAGUACCACAACAGCGCAAUCUGGUAGUGGAUAAAAAGUUCAAACCCUUUUAUUCCAUCCGGAGCAUGGAGGAUAUUUACAACAAUGUUGUGCUAAUGAACAACGACUACGAGCAAACACAACUUGAAUUCGAUCGUAUGGGAAAGGAGAAAAUGUCAAUUGUAUAUUCGAAAAACGCCGAAGGAAAAACCGUUGGAGCAGUUAAGGUCGGACAGUUCACGGUGGUGGAAACGGCAGUCGAUGGGGGUGAGAAGGCGGCUCGGAAAGCAGUCAAAGUUGUCUUUCUCGGAGUCAUGGCGAAUUACUGCUACACGAUUAUGCGUAAAAAGCGACCUACCGAGCUGACCAACACUAAUGUUGAGCGGAAGCAGGUCGAAGGAGCCGUUGAUCAUCGAGGUCGAAAGGUUGUAGAAGACUUUCAAGAGAAGAAAAUCGGUGAAAGUAACCUCGGAUUCAAAUUGCUCCAAAAAUUGGGCUGGACUGGUGGUUCCCUGGGAUCGACAAAUCAGGGAAUCGUUGAUCCCAUCAAUUGUCAGAUCAAAAUCGGUCGGCAAGGAUUAGGCAGUGGACCGGCGGAGAAGAAACAGGGCGAAGAGGCUAACAAGAAGGGGAAAAUCAACACCCGCAACGAGACCUACGGAAUCGAUAUUAAUUUCUAUCGACAAAUGAUGCGCAAUUUCAAAAACAGCGACCUGGAAUACGAUCUAGUUUUCAGCAGCGAAUUCACCAAGGAAGAACGUGCAUUGUUCCACAAUAUGGCGCAAAAUUUGCAAUUGAAAACACGCAGCUACGGUAAUGAUAACGAUGGAACACGGCAGUUUGUUCUACUCGGUCGGAAACUUCCGCCCCACGAGCUGCUGGAGCGAAUCUUGGUCGAGAAGGAUCCCGUAUUUUGUGAAAUGUAUGAAGUGAGGCCGCCACGAAAAACCACCAAGAACGAGUCGCUCCUUCCAGAACAAAGCGACGAAGAUGAUUCUGAACUGUCGGAAACUGUUUCAAAUUAUGUCGAGCUACCUUCAAGUUUCAAGCCUAUAAUUCCUGUCCAAACUCUGGACGAUCUCCGCACGAACAUCGUUCUGGUCAAUAAAAACUUUAGACGAACAUGCGAGGCAUUCAACCAACUGCAGUGCGGUAAACUUGAGUUUGUAACCGCUCCCGUCGACACCAAACCGGGCACGUUCAAAACCAAAAUUGUAGUGGGAGAAUUCACGUUAAUCGAAUCGGAAGCUGUGGGACAAAGGCGGGCCGAAGUUAUUGCAAAACGUGAUUUCAUGCAUAACAUGAACAUGUGGUGUUAUAGAAUUACCCGAAAAAAGAAACCACAGCUAAUUGCGAAAAUAAACCCUCAAGCACCAAAAGUGAAUGAAUAUAAAGCCUAUCAGAUCAGUGAGGACAACAUGGGCUUUCGGAUGCUUAAAAGAUGCGGCUGGACAGGCGGAGCGCUUGGUCCCAGGGAAGAUGGCAUUGUUGAGCCACUUGCCGUCGGGAAAGGAUUCUAUGGGUUUCUCCAGGACCAUGCUAAGCAAUUUGUUGAACGACAAAGAAACUUUGAUUUGGAACACUACCGCAGGCUGAUUGAAGAGUUUAGUCGUAACGGAGUUGAAUAUGACUUGGUCUUCAGUGCUCAAUUCUCAAAGGAAGAACGAGCUCAAUUACAUAGCAUAGCGCAAGGACUCUCUGUGAAGUCGCAAAGUUUUGGAAAAAACGACCGAAGGCAACUUUUACUGUACGGAAAGCCCCUAACGACGCAUGAAAUAUUGCAACGAGUACUCAUCCAAAAGGAUCCCUUAAUAAGUGAAAUGUUUAAGGUGCAACUACCUAAGAAGCUGAUAUAUCGUGAUGAAGUUCUUUAAAAAGAUAUGCUUCAAAUAUUUCAUCGUAUCUAUAC